UGAGCUCCCUCGCACUCGCACCCCCCGCGGGCCGGGGGAGCCCUGCGGGCGGCUCUGCAGAGCUGGGAUGUCGUGCGCCGUCCCGGCGGGGAUCAGCGCGCUGCCCCGGGGCGCGGCGGCCGAGGGCGGCCAGCAGAGUCAGGAAGAGGAUGACAGGAAAGUAAGGAGGAGAGAGAAAAAUCGAGUUGCUGCCCAGAGGAGCCGGAAGAAGCAAACUCAGAARGCAGAUAAACUCCACGAGGAAUAUGAGUCCCUUGAGCAAGAAAAUACCUCCCURAAAAGAGAAAUUGGAAAGCUAACAGAUGAAAUGAAACACUUGAGCGARGUGUUGAAGGAUCAUGAAAAGAUCUGUCCACUAUUGCACUGCACCAUGAACUUUGUGACCAUACCAAGGCCUGAUGCACUCGCCAGCUGCCUACCAAGAUGAGUGUUCCCCUCAAGAACCUCUAAAUGUGUGAAAGUGCCAUUAACAGGAGGUUUGAAGAACUGCCUGCUUCUGGUGCAGGUCUUCCAUUGAAGUGGGCUGGACUUGACCACACAGCUCUUCCCCGCAUUGGUGUUUUAGUCUUCCGAAUCUCAGGAAAGCUCCACUAUGGAAAAAGAGACAAUUUGAACAGCAGCUUCUUACUUGGUAGACUCUCCAAGCCAUGGUUUUGCCUUUGAAAAUGUCAGAGUGCUGUGCAGCCCACUAUCGAGCAAUGGAAUGUAGACAGGGAAAAGUACCAACCUCGGACUGGAAUGCCUUUCUCCCACAUGUCCUCUGCCAGUAACCCUUUGUCACUURUCACCCAUACAUGUCAUGAUCUGGCUGCUGGGUUUUGUCUCUAAACAGGUUUGGUUAAUAAAAGUGAUGUCUCAUCUUUAUUAUGCUCUCCACCUUCUUCAAUUAUCAAUGUCUUUACAGCACCUCUGCUUUUUAUUUGCUGGUCAAAGCCAAAGUCUAAUGCUGAUCUUCCUGUCAGUUGUUCUGUUAUUUA